AUGUCAAUAACGGUGCGGGCAGUUCUAGCUCCCGUAAUUAGCAAAGACACAAAUGCAGAACCGGUUGAUCUGAAUGUUGCUGAUAUGGAAACAUCUGAUCAAUAUGUUCUAUCUGAUCAAGUUCACACAACACAAUUGAGAGAUGAAAAUGCAUCGAAUGAAACUUCUUCACGGACAGAAUGUUUAGAAAUAUCGUAUGAAGCUUCGCUCACCGGAGCUGACAGUUAUUUUGAUCGUUUUAUGCUCGAAAUACAUUCAAUUCAUUUAAAACACAAGAAAGAAGAGAAGAAUCGACCAAAAAUUUCAAUUUUGACAUCUACUUCGCCAAUAAUUAGUGAUUAUGAACUUCCUCUGCGGACAAGCAUUUCAGAAACUAAUGACGAUAAUUUUGUAAAUGUAAAUCAAACGUCGAUCGAUAUUUUAUAUGAAUGGGUGUCCUCUGAAUUGUUGACCGGUCACGUAUUGUCCUUGAAAAACGUCAAAUAUUAUUAUCUACAAAUAAAAAAAGAAAAACAAGAAUCAGUAACUGAGUAUAUGUUGCGAACAUCAACUGUGAAAACUAUACUCAAACAAAAAUUUGAAGACGAAAUCACAUUUUUCGAUGAAUUAUCUCAGUCUGGUACCUAUGUUGCAUUCAAUGACGUUAAAUUUUACGCGCUAAAGCUUCUGCAAUACCAGCAAAAUACUAUUACUACAUCUGUACUAUCUAAACAACAUAAGAGUGCACCUAGUAUACAAGAGAGUGAAAUGUUAUUUUCCUCUAUUCGUUUACUGAGAGGAACUUUUGACGAAGCAUUUGAAAAAUUCAAUGUAUUAAGUCAAAAGCCCGAACAACUGCAGUAUUAUACGCCAGAAAUGUAUUGGUCGAAUGUUCCAUUAUUAUUAAGAAAUAUAAGUGAGUGUUUUUUGUAA